AUGGCCCUUAUACAGACUGAACUCACUAAGAUGCUUGGGAUCAAGCACCCAAUUAUGCUGGCAGGCAUGGGAAACGCCGCAGGAGCUGAACUCGUGGCCGCUGUUACUAACGCCGGAGGCAUUGGCGUUUUGGGAGGUAUUCGAUAUACCCCAAACAUGCUUCGAAAGGGCUUGAAACAGGUCAAAGAAGACCUCAUUGACAAGAAUGCUCCAUUUGGUGUUGAUUUGUUGCUGCCUCAGCUCGGGGCUGGAGCACGUGCCACCAACUACGAUUACACUGAAGGCAAGCUCCCCGAAUUAAUCGACGUCAUCAUCGAAGAGGGUGCCAAAUUAUUCGUCUGUGCGGUCGGCAUACCACCGAAAUGGGUCGUUGAUAAGUUGCACGCUCAUGGAAUCCUGAUUAUGAAUAUGAUUGGUGCACCAAAACACGUCACAAAGGCCUUGGAAGUCGGUGUAGACAUCAUCUGCGCCCAAGGUGGGGAAGGUGGUGGACACACCGGUGAUAUCGCUACUUCUGUCUUGUUACCAAAGGUUGUCGAUAUGUGCAAGGGGAAGCUCUCACCCUUAACUGGCAAACAAGUACCAGUUGUUGGUGCGGGAGGUAUAUACAAUGGUCGAUCAGUCGCGAUGGCUCUAGCAUUCGGCUGUCAAGCAGUGUGGGUUGGAACUCGUUUCGUGUGCGCCACUGAAGCUGGUGCAAGUAGAGCACAUCAGACUGCGGUGCUCACAGCUGACUAUACUGACACUGUCCGAACCUUGAUCUUUUCCGGUCGACCUAUGCGAGUCCGUAAGACUGCUUACGUCGCAGACUGGGAAAAUAACCGACAAGAAGACAUUCAGAAAAUGACAAAGGCUGGAAUAAUCCCAGCUGACGAUGACAUGGACAAGCACCCAGAAUGGACUGACGAAGAACUGGUCGAAAGAAGGAGAUACCUCAUGGGCCAAGUAGCCGGUGCUGUCAAUGAAAUCCUUCCUGCAAAGCAAAUCGUUGACGAGAUGAUGAGUGAAUGCGUGGAAGCCAUCAAGAAGCAGAACUCUUUGCUUGUUGGAUCCGCUUCUCACUCUGCUCGCCUGUAA